GCAUAAAAUUACGUAUAGGUCUACAUAAUGUGUGCGCGUGUGUUGAACUAACGCGAGACCAAGCUAAUGAAGUCUUCUAAGCAAGCCGUGUUUUCUCUUCUUUGAAGACUUUGAGAGAAAAUACUUUUGCGAAUCGUCCAAUUUACACAUUUUUGCUCUGGCAAGUGUGUAAGAAUUUCUUCACAAAGAGUCGUAUAUCGGGGAAAGGAACUUCUUUGACGACCAUCUGCGGAGUGUUUUGCAUCAAGUUCGCGAGCUGUAUCGACUCGAGUCAAGCGCUGGUAUAAGACGACAUCUGCCGUGCCGCAUCUGCGAUCAGACUGCCCUUCAUGAAAGUUGUUAGAGGCCAGUCUUUGAUUGACCAUGGCACUGCCCAAGCUGGACAUCAAUACUGGUCUGCCCCCAGCCCAGGGACUGUAUAACCCAGAGAAUGAGAAAGAUGCCUGUGGGGUGGGGUUCAUUGUCAACAUCAAAGGAGAACAAUCCAAUAAGAUUAUAAAGGAUGCCCAGACCAUCCUGUGUCGCAUGAAGCAUCGAGGGGCUACGGGAGGGGAUAAUGACACUGGAGAUGGUGCUGGUGUUAUGACAGGCAUACCUCACAAACUCUACGCACGUAGACUCAGAGAGGAGCAGCAGAUAGAGCUGCCAGAGCCUGGACACUAUGCCACUGGUAUCUUCUUCCUAGACCCCCUAACAGCCAGCCAGUGUGAGCAAAAGUUUGAAGAACUUGCCAUUGAGUGUAAAUUAAAGGUACUAGCCUGGCAUAACGUACCACACGAUACAAGCGUUCUAGGCCAUACUGGCAGAGCAAGGGAACCCCUAUUGCGGCAGGUCUUUGUGACGGGCGAGCAGGAGAAGGAACUCUUUGAGCAACGCGUGUUUGCAUUGAGGAAAAGGGCUACCCAUACCAUUCCAAAGAAAGACCUGCGUUUCUACAUCUGUACAUUGUCUUCAAAGUCCAUUGUGUAUAAGGGUUUGUUUACACCGUUUCAGCUAUGGAAGUACUUUGGAGACUUUGCGGACCCAGACUACGAGACCCACUUUGCUGUGGUCCACAGUAGAUUCUCAACCAACACCUUCCCCAGCUGGGAGAGAGCACACCCUCACAGAUAUGUCGCCCACAAUGGGGAGAUCAACACCAUCCGAGGCAAUGAGAACCUGAUGAGGGCUAGAGAGGGCGUCAUGAGCAGCUCUAAGUACGGUGACGAGCUCAAACAGCUCUAUCCUGUGGUGGAGGAGGGGCUACCAGACUCUGGACGGGUGGACAAUGUCCUGGAGUUCCUCAUCAUGGCCGGAGGUCGAUCCCUGCCAGAGGCUGUAAUGACUAUGAUCCCAGAGGCCUGGCAUAAGGACACUAUGAUGAGUGAGGAGAAACGGAACUUUUACCGCUGGGCUUCGUUUGCUAUGGAAGCAUGGGACGGACCAGCCCUGUUCACAUUCGCUGACGGCCGUUAUGUCGGAGCCAUCCUGGACCGCAACGGCCUCCGCCCUUCACGCUACUACAUCACCAAGUCAGGCUUCGUGGUCAUGGCCAGCGAGGUAGGGGUGUUGAACGUUGCUCCGGAGGACACACAGUCUAAGAGCCGUCUCAAGCCAGGCAGGAUGCUGCUUGUUGAUACAGAGCUCGGAGAAUUCAUCAACGAUGUGGACAUCAAGCAUCACAUUGCUACCCUCAGACCGGUCAAGCAGUGGAUGGACCAACAGGCUGUCACCCUAGAGGACUUCUACAAGGCUCACCUGGAAACGAGGGGCGAGGAGCCAGAGAUCAAUCCUCUUGUUCCCGUCCAGUCCGAUCAUCGUCUCUCCAUGUUUGGCUAUAGCGUGGAGCAUAUCAACCUGCUUCUCGUUCCAAUGGUGAAGAACAAGAAAGAGCCCCUAGGAUCUAUGGGUAACGAUGCGCCUCUGGCUUGCCUGUCUCAGCGUAAUCCAUUGGUCUUUGAGUACUUCAAGCAACUCUUUGCCCAGGUCACCAACCCACCUAUUGAUCCCAUCAGGGAGAGUAUCGUCAUGUCACUGGCAUGCCCUAUCGGCCCUGAAGACAACAUCUUGGAGCCAAGCGAGAAGCAGUGCAACCGUCUCUUCUUGGAAACUCCCGUCUUGACCUUGCACGACCUUGAGAUCAUCAAAGACACAUCUCUUCGCACAUGGAAGACUAAGACCAUUGACAUCACUUUCCCUGUGGAAGCUGGAUAUGCAGGACUGGUCCCAGCGAUAGACCGGAUCUGUGCAGAGUGUUCCGAGGCAACAGAGCAGGGCUAUACUCUUUUGGUCUUGUCCGACAGAGCUGCAGGUCCAGAAAGAGUGCCAGUCAGCCCUCUGCUAGCCUUGGGGGCAUCCCACCACCACCUGAUCAAGACCCGACAGCGUCUUCACGUCGGCCUCAUAGUAGAGACAGGAGAGGCUCGUGAGAUGCACCACCUGUGCCUGUUGCUAGGUUAUGGUGCGGAUGCGAUCUGUCCCUACCUCCUGUACGAGUGCCUGAUCAGCCUGCAUGAGCAGAGCCUUCUGGGAGUGGAGUUUGGACCCAAGGAGAUCCAGCAGCGGGUCAUUGCCGCUACGGAGAAGGGUAUCUCUAAGGUCAUGGCCAAGAUGGGCAUCUCACUCCUACAGAGUUACAAGGGAGCUCAAAUCUUUGAGGCAGUUGGUCUUGCAGAGGAGGUGGUAGAUAAGUGCUUCAUAGGAACAGCAUCCAGGCUUGGUGGAGCCACGUUUGAGAUCCUGGCAGAAGAGGCUUUUGAGAGGCACAGAAUGGCUUAUGCAGAGGCUCAAGGAGACAUAUCUAGUAACCUGGAGGGUGGAUCGUACCAUUGGCGUGAUGGGGGUGAGAAGCAUGUCAACGAUCCUGUCAGCAUUGCAAACCUGCAGGAUGCUGCACGUAACAAGAAUCAGAAUGCCUAUCAGAAGUUUGUAGAGUCACAGAAAGAAUCGGUGCGUAUGUGUACCCUGAGAGGUCAGCUUGAAAUGGUGAAGAGCGCUGAACCUCUUGACCUCUCCCUGGUGGAGGAAGCUGCUUCCAUAGUUAAGAGGUUCAACACCGGUGCCAUGAGCUUUGGUAGUCUAUCCAUAGAGGCCCAUAGUACAUUGGCAAAGGCUAUGAACAGGAUCGGUGCCAAGAGUAACACGGGAGAGGGCGGGGAGAAUGAAGACCGGUACCUGCACACCGAGGACCCCUUGAAUAACACCCGCUCAGCCAUCAAGCAGGUAGCUUCUGGGAGGUUUGGGGUGACCAGCUCCUAUCUGGCCCACUCAGAUGAGCUGCAGAUCAAGAUGGCCCAGGGUGCUAAGCCAGGAGAAGGGGGUGAACUGCCAGGAUAUAAGGUCACCGAAGCCAUUGCCUCCACCCGGUAUUCCAUCCCCGGAGUGGGGCUGGUUUCCCCGCCCCCUCAUCAUGAUAUCUACUCCAUCGAGGACCUCGCCGAGCUCGUCUACAAUCUCAAGUGUUCCAACCCAGAGGCAAGGAUCAGUGUCAAGCUCGUGUCAGAGGUCGGCGUAGGGGUCGUCGCUGCUGGGGUUGCCAAGGGUAAAGCUGAACACAUCACCAUCUCAGGCCACGACGGAGGGACGGGGGCUAGCACAUGGACCGGAAUCAAACACGCUGGGUUGCCAUGGGAACUCGGAUUAGCAGAGACUCAUCAGACUUUGGUUCUCAAUGACCUUAGGUCAAGGGUCGUCCUGCAGACAGACGGCCAGCUGAGGACAGGUCAUGACGUGAUCGUAGCAGCUCUUCUAGGGGCAGAUGAGUUCGCUUUCUCCACCACGCCUCUUAUUGUAAUGGGAUGUACCAUGAUGAGGAAAUGCCAUCUUAACACUUGCCCUGUAGGAGUGGCUACUCAGGAUCCUGAAUUGAGGAAGAAGUUUGAGGGUCAACCUGAGCAUGUUGUCAACUAUUUCUUCAUGCUUGCAGAGGAGAUCCGUUCUCACAUGGCACAGAUGGGAUUCAGAACCUUCCAGGAGAUGAUUGGUCGAUGUGACAUGCUCCAGCCUGUCCAGGAGAAGACUAAUGGCAAGAGCAAGCUUCUUAACUUUGACCAGGUACUGACCAAGGCUUCUGACCUUCGACCCGGUGCCAGGCACAUCGGAGGCACUGCUAAGCAGGACUUUGCCCUGGACAAAAGAUUGGAUAAUUUGUUGAUAGAAAGAGCGAGUGAUGUUCUGAAGGGAACUAGCAAGCAUGUUAAGAUAAACAUGGACAUCACCAAUGAAUCAAGAGCCUUCGGAACCACCCUGAGCUUUCACAUCUCAAGGAAGUAUCGUGAGAAAGGCCUUCCAGACAAGUCGAUUGAGAUCAAGUUGACUGGUUCAGCCGGCCAGAGCUUCUGUGCUUUCCUGGCCAAGGGUGUUCAUGUAGAGCUAGAAGGUGAUUGCAAUGACUAUGUAGGAAAGGGCCUGUCUGGUGGCACGGUGAUUGUUUACCCUCACCGUAACAUACCCGAAGCCUUCGUGUCUGAACUCAACAUCAUCGUCGGCAAUGUGUGCCUAUAUGGCGCCACCAGUGGGAAGGCUUUCUUCAGGGGGUGGACUGCUGAACGUUUCUGCGUCAGGAACUCGGGAGCUCUUGCAAUCUGUGAGGGCGUAGGAGACCACGGCUGUGAGUACAUGACUGGAGGACGAGCCAUCAUUCUAGGAGCUACUGGACGGAACUUUGCUGCAGGCAUGUCAGGUGGUAUCGCCUAUGUCUAUAAUGUUUGGAAUGAUUUCUAUCCGAAGUGCAAUACAGAGUCUGUUGUCCUUGAGCCACUAGUCAAAGACAUCGACAUCACCUUCUUGAAGGAAAGUCUAGCAGAGUUCGUCUCAUACACUGGGUCAAAGGUCGCGACCAAGAUACUGGAAAACUGGGAAACAGAGAGCCAACGAUUUGUCAAGGUCUUCCCCAAUGAGUACCGUCGAGCUCUGCGGGAGCAGCGAGAUAAAGCCCUUGCAGAGGAAAAGGCCAAGCAGGAGGCGGAGCUUCCUCAGAACGGUCUGACCAAUGGCACCAAUGGCCACGCCCUCAAUGGCCACGCCCCCAACGGUCAACCAUCCAAUGGGAUGAAUGGAUCAGAUGAUGGCAGGCAUGUCAAGCAGGAGCCUAAGGUGACGGACAUUGAGUCUACCAUCCCAGACCUGGAGCAGGAGAAGAAGACCAUUGAGAGGGUCUUGGAUAAGACCAGAGGCUUUGUGAAGUACGGAAGGAACAAUGAUCAGUACCGUGAUGUUGAAGUACGCAUGAAGGACUGGGGUGAGAUCUACAAUCACAAAGGAGUCAAGAAACAACUCAAAGUCCAAGCAGCAAGAUGUAUGGACUGUGGUACUCCAUUCUGCCAGGCGCACACCGGCUGUCCCCUGGGUAACAUCAUACCCUCCUGGAAUGACCUCGUCUUUAGAGACCAGUGGAGGGAGGCCCUCGAGAGACUGCUUGCAACCAACAACUUCCCAGAGUUCACUGGGAGAUGCUGUCCCGCUCCUUGUGAGGGAGCGUGUGUUCUAGGCAUCAACGCCCCACCCGUCACCAUCAAAAACAUUGAGUGUGCCAUCAUCGACCACGCCUUUGAGCAGGGCUGGAUACGCCCCGAGCCCCCUCUCCACCGGACCGGCAAGAGAGUAGCGGUCAUCGGGAGUGGACCCUCUGGCCUGGCUGGAGCUGCCCAGCUUAACAAGGCCGGUCAUCUAGUGACCGUCUAUGAGAGGAAUGACCGAUGUGGGGGCCUACUCAUGUAUGGUAUCCCUACGAUGAAGAUGAGCAAAAGUGCUAUUGAGCGCAGACUAAAACUCCUGGAAGAUGAAGGGGUGAAGUUUGUGACUAACGCUGAGAUAGGAAAGAAUGUCAACGGCUGGGACCUCAUGAAGGAGAAUGAUGCCAUCUUACUGUGUAUGGGAUCAACCAGGCCCAGGGGCCUACCAAUACCAGGUCGUGACCUGAACGGUAUCAAGUAUGCCAUGCAGUUCUUGGAGCCAUGGCAGAAGAAACAGAUGGGUAACCAGUCCGAUUACAUCGAUGCCAAGGGCAAGGACAUCCUCAUCAUUGGAGGAGGUGAUACUGGUGUGGAUUGCAUCGGUACUUCACUCAGGAUGGAUGCCAAGUCAAUCACGACCUUUGAGAUCUUGACCGAGCCCCCUCCUAGCCGAGCGGCCAACAAUCCCUGGCCGACCUGGCCACGUAUCCUCAGAGUGGACUACGGUCACUCAGAGGUCAAGCUCAAACAUGGACAGGACCCACGUCACUUUGAGAUACUCAGCGAGGAGUUCCUUGAUGAUGGAGAAGGCAAUGUGUCCGGAAUCCGCACCAUCGAGAUCAAAUGGACCAAGGAUGCGACGGGACGCUACAACAUGGAGAAGAUCCCUGGAACCGAGAAGAUCUUCAAAGCGGACCUGGUCCUGCUUGCUAUGGGCUUCCUAGGACCAGAACAGAACCUGAUUGAGGAGCUAGGAGUGGACCAGGACCCAAGGUCUAACAUCCAGACCCCUAACGGGAAGUACCACACCAGUCUGGAUAAGGUGUAUGCUGCGGGAGAUUGUCGACGAGGCCAGUCCCUGGUUGUGCAUGCCAUCAACGAAGGUCGUCAGGCAGCUAGGCAGAUAGACCUGGACUUGAUGGGAUGUACUAGUCUAGCUGGACCAGGAGGGGUAGUCCAUACUCCCGGGAACAAACUUUCCAACUGCAAGGAUAAGCUCUAUACCCCUAUCAUCGAAGCCAUGGCCUAAACAACCACUCACAUUGUUUCAAGAGAGGUACAUGUAUAUCUCUAUCCAAUCUUACAUGUAUAUUAGAGACCCUGUUGGGCAGUUAGAUAUUGGUGCUUUACAAAUUACCAGAUUGGAUGGGAGAUUGGAAUACAUCCAUUAUGUUUCAGGUUUACAUGUACCUGUUACUUAUCUCUUUCUAUAUAACCUUCCCACCUGUUCAUUAUACAUUUAUAGAUACAGGAGAAACCAGAUUUUCCAUGAGUUGUCAAAAAGCUGCCCAAACCAAUACACUGUAUGUUUAUGGCUCGAAAAAGAUUAGUGUUGAAGAGAGGGUUUUGAAUUUAGUCGUACCGAAAAAGAUGUCACAACCUAACCCCUAAAGUUGCUGAUGGCUUUACCUAAGCUACAACCCAGUAUCUGCAAGCCCUUAUAUUUAAUGGAUCCGUUAGGAAAGAGGGGUGGUCUACCUGUUUGAUCUCAAGGUCCUAAAUUUACCACCCAUAGCCAAGCAUCACAGUAUCAUCACUUCAAACAUUGAAUAAUCCUCAUGUUUAUUUUAGUACAAUAGUUGAUGUUUACAUAACAGUAUAUAAAACAGCAAUGUUCAUUGCAUCAUUGAUCUUACAUGUAUUAUGAUUAUGCGCUGAAAUAUUAUCCAGUGCAAUUCAUGACAUCUUAUUUAAUACCUGUCAUCAUUUCAUGUUCCACUUUUUAAGUAAAAAUAAGAGUUGAUAAUUUACUUUGUUUUUGUUUCCUUUUAUCCCACUGUUACUUAUAGUUUCUUUGCCAUCCUGUCAAAUAUGAUUUGUGACAUGUCAUUUUGAAAUCCUACCAAGUCAUAGUUUGCAAUGUUAGUAAAGAUUUUUAGAUAAAUCAUGCUUAAUUUUAUCUGUUUUUAACUCUAUUCAUUCCUCUCUUUUAUUUUUUUGAACGAUCUUACACAUAUUCUUAAAAUCAUAUCUGUAGAACAAUGUUCAUAGAAGUGUACUAAGUCAAGUUUGUGACCCUUUUGAAUUCAGAUGACAACACAUUUAAAAAUGUUUUUGAAGUAAUAUCACAACGAUGUAUUAAUCAUGACCAUUGACGUAUUAAGUUUGACAAAGAAUUGUGACAGUAGCUGAUCUGCAUUAUGAUUAUUUAUGAGAGAAUUACCUUGUAAUACCUUGAAUUCUAUUUAAUGGUCGAAAAUGCUCUUUUUCAUCUUAGUUUUGGUUUUAAUUGUAUGGCAUCAUGUUUCUUUUAAAUGUGAUUCAUAUUGAGAUUUUAAAAGUGAUUUUUUUCCCUCUAUUUCACUUAUCAUGAAUGUACUUUUAUAACAAUUUUAAAAUCUAAUCUCAACUACUGGUAAUGAUUAUCGUAUAGUUUUGUUUGCAGUGUGUCAGUUGAGUGAGUUGUUUAGAUUAGACAGUAAUAUUCAUGAGUUUUCAUUCAACUGCUAUAAAAGUAGAAAUAUUUCUGUUACAUUACUUUUUCGCGUAUUUUGUGCUAAGAUCGGCAAGCGCGAACUUUAGAAGUCGCAAAAACAUAAGCAUGACUUUUUAUGCAUGUUUUGGACGGGUUUAAAUGCAUGCAACGCAAAUUUAAGAACCAGUGAAUAUGUUUUGGGUCGCUGUGUGCAAAAAAUUAAUCACAUGAAAAUAAUGGCUUUACUAGUUGUAUCACUUGAAAAAGAUUAAUCUUUGUUUACGUAUUUUAUGAAUAUUCUGCCUGUAAACUUUUUUGAGUGAUGUGUGUGGAAUUACUAAGUUACUCUUUGAUUUGUUGCCAAUCGAAAUCCUAUACUGCCGCUUUGUGUGGAAAAUAAUAUUUUGUUCCAUGUGAUUAUAUACAUGUGACAAAAAUCAAUUGUGGCAGUCCAAUACUUGUUGCAUUAGUCUACCAAACAAUCAGAGAGUUUGGGAAUAUGAUCCAUGUUAAAGGUGAUUGAAUGUUUCUCCAAGAUAUUGGAGUUGUGUCUGCACAAAAAAGGGUGCUAUCGGUCAACACUGUUUAAUACAGGUUUUGAUGUUUAUAAGAUGAUGACGUGGAUCCUAAUCAAAUGAUUGGUUGGGAGCGUACACGUGACCAGGCAUUUAUUUUGCCUAAGUUUUUACUAAUGACCGGUCAUUAGUAAAAUCAUGUUAUAAAACAUCAUUUUAUAAAAGAUAAAACAUCAUGAGGCAUGUUACUUUGUGUGGGUAAUUCUUACUAAUGCCCUCACUGCUGUGUAUUAUGUGUAAUAUUUAUAUAAUUAUUGAGAAACCUUGAAAAAGGUUACCACUGUCAUGGAAAAACCUGGAAAAUCAGGGGGAAGUAAAUUCUUCUGAAAAAGGGAAGAAAAAAAAUCUCUCAAAGACAUGGAAAUUUGAUUGUGGGUGUGGGCCGUAUGUGGCUGUGGCAGCUUGGCUGCUGCAAAGAAUGCCAAAAUGGUACGUACUUAUAUGCCAUUUGGUCAUGGAAAAAAGGCAAAAGUUGUUAAUGGAAAGCCAUGGAAUUUGGUUCUCAGAUAUACCACCAAAACCCUGCUGAAAAAGAAAAGUUAUGAGUGUUAUGAAAUAAUGUUGUCUGAUAUGUUUCUAUGUUAAUUACAGAAUUAUCAAGUCCUGUUUAAAGAGUAAAUGAUUAUAUUACCUGAGUGUGAUAAUUGGAGGAUUUCAUGGGGUUAUUAAUCAUGACUUUAUUGUUUGUUUGAUUGAUAUGGUAGAAGACCAAAUGGAUAAUGUGAUUUUAUUGGCUGAUUUAUGAUAGUUAAUAUUGAAAUACAUUUAUAGGCUUUUAGUAGCAAAGAGGUUAAAGAUAAUUGUGCUGAGAUUAUCAUUUUAUUUUUCUGACUCACCAAUGUUUAUAGCAUAUAUCAAUCUGGUUACUUUCCUACCAUGCUGGACAAAAGUUACCCUUUAGCAAAAAUAUGAAAUGUAGAGUUAUUUUUGGAUUUGCAGUGAUGUGAAAGUUCAUGCAUGAUAGUUGUAUGUUAGUGUCAGAAUAUUAUUCCUGCCACAUGUGUAAUGACUUAAAAUGUAUUUUAGCUCUUCUUACAGCUCAAAAUGUAGUACAUGUAUUGAUGUUUUCCCUAACCCAGCAAUACUAGGGGAAAAGUGAACUGAAAAAACCUGACCAGUAUGCCAUAGCCUAUUACUAGCAUAUGUGUGCAAGUCCACUGGAUUAUCAUUAUAUAUAUACAUCAAAGUUUGUAAUAGUACCAUACAGUAUGUAUGCAGUACCUUUUGGUGAACAAUGUCAGAAAAAAAUGUGGUUGCCAAAUAUUCAAAUAUGUUGUCAUCCUUGCCCUUUACUUGUUUUUCAGUCACAAAGCGGUCACAACGCAACAAUUUUUAGAACACACAUUGUUUAAGUCUUGUCCGCCAUUUUAUGUGACUGUUUUAUAGUCAAUAUGCAUGCAUGUAAAUUCAGUUAUAGAAUGGAGUACGAUUAGUGCAAAUUCCGAUCCGUUUAUUACCUGGCCAUAAAGUGUUGAGCACAAUUGACAUGAAAUUCAUUUUGUUUAUUUCUGAACCACCUUUGAUUUUGCCUGGUAAUUGUCUUAUGAAAACUGUAUUUUUGGAUGGAAUUAUUUUGAAUUUUGAAUUGUAUACUAGGAAGAAUAUUGCUGGUUAAAAUAUAUUGUGUAUAGCAAUAAAUAUGAUCAUGGUAUUGUUAAA